AUGUCGACCACGAGGAAGGAGCUCCUGAUCACAGCGGUCCUGGUUCUGGUCCUGGCGGUGUCGGCCUACGUGGAGGACCUGGAUGACUCCUUCAUGGAGACCAGAGGAGCCGACGACAUCUGGCUCAUCAAAUUCUACGCCCCCUGGUGUGAGUUCUGUAGGAAGCUGGAUCCGGUGUGGCACCAGGUCGGGUCAGAGCUGAGGAGUCUGGGCUCGCCCGUCAACGUAGGAAGAUCAGACGCCACCGCCAGCAAGGGUUUGGCUCAAGAGUUCAGGGUCAAAGGUUAUCCAGCCAUCCUCAUGCUAAAGAAGGAUGUGAAGUAUAAUUAUUCGGGGCCCAGGACCAAAGACGGGAUCCUGGACUUUGCCAACCGAGUGUCAGGACCGCUGGUCCGAUCCCUGAGCAGCCAGAAGCUUUUCCAACACGCCAUGAGCCGCCAUGAUGUCAUGAUUGUUUAUGUUGGAGCCAAAACACCUCUGAAGGGAAACUUCACGUCUGUGGCAGAGGAGCUCAUCGUCCAAUCAUACUUCUUCUCUGCAUCCAGAGACGUCCUGCCCAAGGCCGUCUCGCUGCCUUCACUUCCUGCUGUGGUGAUUUUCAAAGAUGGAAUCUUCUUCACCUUCAACGAGGAGGUCGACGGAGAUCUGAAGUCGUGGAUCAACAGAGAACGUUUCCCCAACUACCUGAAGAUCGACAGCUACACGCUGUAUGCCAUGGGAGAGACGGGUAAACUGGUGGUGUUGGCACUGGUGGAGAAGAGUCGUUGUGAGAGAUGUCAGAGAUACAAAAGUCUGUUGGAGGGCAUGGCCACAGAUUACAGAGAGACCUACAGCAGGUUCUUCUACUUCGGCUUCAUGGAGGAGCACGACUACAUCAACGGACUCACCAUGGGUGAUGUCAUCGUCCCCUCCUUCAUGAUUGUUAAUCUGACCAAUGAUGGCUACUUCCUGCCACCUGUCACCGUGGAAACACAGCGCCACCUGCUGGACUUCAUGGAUGGGGUCCUAAACAGGAGCAUCCAGGCUCAGGGAGGAAAUGGCGUUUAUCAGCGCAUCCUGCGCUUCAUUUAUGACACUAAAACCACGCUGCAGCCGGCAUUCCUGAAGGCGCCGGUGCUCUGCUGCUGCCUGGCCAGCAUCCCCAUCGCCCUCAUCAUCCUCUUCUGCUACCUGUGCCUGAAGAAACGGCCCUCGUACGAUGACGACGACGAAGACGUGGUGCUGUUAGCUCCAUCGCUGCAGAAGCGCAAAAAACUGGCGGAUAAAAAGUCGGACUGACGGAUGGAAGAGAAGACGAAGAGAUCGAGAAGAGAAGAAGCUGAUA